AUGGCUGCGUCCUCCGGCGACGCGCAGCCUUCGCCGGGGUACUACCCGAGCUCGAGGUUCAGGCCGGUGCCGUUCAACCGCGCCUACACCAACAAGUGGGGCCCGCAGCACCAGACGCUCUCCGGCGACCAUUCCUCGCUCACCAUCUGGCUCGACAGGACCUGCGGGAGUGGUUUCAAGUCGAAGCACGCGUACUGGAACGGCUACUUCUCCACUCGCAUCAAGCUCCCCGCCGGCUACACCGCCGGCACCAACACCGCCUUCUACCUGUCCAACAACGAGGCGCACCCUGGUUUCCACGACGAGAUCGACAUGGAGUUCCUGGGCACGAUCCCGGGCGAGCCCUACACGCUGCAGACGAACGUGUACGUCCGCGGCAGCGGCGACGGCCGCAUCGUGGGGCGGGAGAUGCGGUUCCACCUGUGGUUCGACCCCACGGCGGCGUACCACACGUACGCCAUCCUGUGGAACCCCGACGCCAUCACCUUCUUCGUGGACGACGUCCCCGUCCGCCGCUACGAGCGCCGCGCCGAGCUCACGUUCCCCGACCGCCCCAUGUGGGUGUACGGCUCCAUCUGGGACGCCUCCGACUGGGCCACCGACGACGGCCGCCACCGCGCCGACUACCGCUACCAGCCCUUCGUCGCGCGCCUCGACCGCUUCGUCGUGGCCGGGUGCUCCGUGAACGCGCCGCCGGCGUGCAGGCCCGUGCCGGCGUCGCCUGCCGGGGCUGGGCUCACGGCGCAGCAGUACGCGGCCAUGCGGUGGGCGCAGCGGGAGCACAUGGUUUACUACUACUGCAACGACUUCCGCAGGGACCACUCGCUCACGCCCGAGUGCUAG